AUAAUUGGGGGAUUUUUGGAUAUUACAUUUCAGGAGAUUUGGUUGUAAGAAAAAGCAGAUAAUGGAUGGAGAGGAGUCUCAGAGGCAAUUGGAAGGGAUAAAAUCAAAGACAGAGUUGCAGGGGUUACUCUUGACAAGGAAAAAGAAUGUUUCUUUUCCAGAGAGAGCCAAGAAUCAGUAAAGACAGAAAACUUUUGAGAGAGAGAGGAUGAAUAUUGAGAAGACUCAGGAAGAUGAUUCAUGCCUUAGUAAAAUAGGAGUAAGAGGGAGAGGUGUGUGAGGAAGUCUGUAAAGCACUGCUGAGGGCCCAGAUGAAGUCUGGUGGAAUGUAGAUUGAUAGUGGAAGCAGCUGUCAUAAAUAAAUGUGCCCCCCCCCCCCCACCAGAUGGACUGGGCGCUAGAGCAGCGUCCUAAAGGCAGAAGGAUCAGGACUUUCCAGGAUAGUAGAAAGUGCACUUUGGAAUCGUUGCCCGUGAAGAAGAAGAUGAGUAAUGACGUUGCUGAAGCCAAGAGGUAGACUACUGAGAACGACAGGGUCCAGAUGAGGGGGAAGAGCACGUUCAGUGGUACGAGUGGGAGGAGUAGAAGGGAUCAGAGAGAAUGGAAGAAUUAAUGGUGGAGGGGCAGACGGGGCUCAGUAAAUGGAGAGCCAACCCUCAAGAAGGGAGAUCCCGACACGUCCCCGCUGGGGGACCCUGGGCAAGUCACUAAUCCCCAUUGCUUAGCCCUUGCCACUCUUCUGCCUUAGAACUAAUAUACAGUAUUGACUCUAAGAUGGAAGGUAAAGGUUUUUUUAAGAGUUUGUGGUGGGGCAUUUCAGAGGAAUGAUGGGGUCCAAGGGGGGGUCACAUUGGUGGGUGACGGUCUGGUGGGGGUUAAAGCUCCUGGAGUUGAGGUCAUGCCAGUAUGAACGCUGCCGUGUUGGAAGGAUGGUGAAGGCAGAGACAGUGAGAGCAAGGAGUGAGGUAGAGGGGAGUGUUUGGGGCCAGGUGCGACCCUCGGGCUGUGCCCUGUGCAUCAUUGACUUGAGCUGUGGUCCCAGCAAGGGUGAGGACCGAAUGGCGUAGAAGGAGCAGCCGGCAUUCUGUUAUCUGGGGAGUGAGUAAUGUCACCAAGGGGACGAGGCUUCGUCAGGCGAUAGAAUUUAGUCAGAAGGCCAGGAAGUGGCAGGCGUGCGUGUUUGACCGAUGUGGAAGAGAAAACUGUCGCUCUGUUGAAAUUGCUUAACAACUAGGAAAAACAUCUAGGAGGCUCCAGAAGUGUUUCAGGGCGUCCGUUAAACAUUUGAGUGGGUGGAUUGGCUGACUCGCAGCGUGGCGAGUCAGUGCGGGCAUCAUUAAAACGAUUGCCAGUGAACAAGUACUCACACAAAAUACGUGUGGAAGGCCUGGGGCACGAGGGCAAGGGCAGAAUUUGGGUUAAUGUGGGGAGAGAGUUUGACCUGUGCUUGUGGAGGGGAGAAAUGGAAAGCAGAGACCCUUUGGAAAAACCUGGAGCUUUGGAAGAAGUGAUUUCUGCCAAGUGGCAUUCUGGCUUAGUCUGGAGAUUGGGAUGGGAGAAGGGGCAGAUUUAGCAUCCCUUUAACUCUUCCUACCCUUCACAUAAUCCUGAGAACCAGCUAACUGAGAUUUACCUUUCGCUGAGAAAGCCUGGUGUGAUUUCAAGGGAAAACAGCAGUAAACUGGUAAGAUCUAAUCUUCUCGAAUGAUCCUCUGAUCUGAUUGCUUGAGCUACCAAAGGAAAGCUUCUUUGAACAAAAGCAUUUCAUCCUUUGGAGGGAAAUCCCAGAGAAUGUCUGAGUGUAUCCAGAUCUCAUUUGCUGUUUGUAGAAUUGGCAUUUACACGGUGACUAUAAAAUAUCCAGCUGAAAACCAUCAACCAUUUAGACUGCAGGCUUCAUUUGAAAUGUGUGGUUCUGGAUUUGAAUCAAGUAUGAAAAAUUGUUUUCGAGCCUUUUGCUGCAAGGGACCCCCACCUCCACGGCCAGAGUUUGACUUGGUUUGCAUAGGCCUCACAGGUUCUGGCAAGACCAGUCUGUUGACGAAGCUGUGUGGGGAAAAUGUAGACAAUGUGGUGUCUACAACAGGUUUUAGCAUAAAAGCAGUUCCACUUCAGGGUGCCGUCAUGAAUAUAAAAGAACUUGGAGGGGCUGAUAACAUUAGGAAAUACUGGAGUCGCUACUACCAAGGAUCUCAAGGGGUCAUAUUUGUAAUAGACAGCGCCUCUUCGGAAGAGGAGCUAGAAGUCGCUAGAAACGAACUGCAUUCAGCUCUUCAGCACCCACAGUUAUGCACUUUGCCGUUUUUAAUAUUGGCCAAUCAUCAAGACAAGCCCGCUGCUCGGUCGGUCCAAGAGAUGAAAAAAUAUUUGGAACUUGAACCACUUGCACGAGGAAAACGCUGGAUUCUGCAGCCCUGCUCACUAGAUGACAUGGAUGCAGUAAGAGCUAGCUUCGCUCUACUGAUAAAUUCAUUAGAAGACAAGAACUUAGAAGUUGUAAGAAUGUGAAAGCUAGAAAAGAAAACCAAGUCUCGGAAAGUCCUUUUACCUAUCCUGUUUGUUUCUUAUUUUAAUUUUAUUUUGGUAUCAAAACUAUUAACUGCUUUGAAAUCCAUUUUUUUCUGCAAAUAUAUCAGAUUCUGUUUCAUCUCUCUAUUCAAGUAAAUAUUCUGUAAGUCAGGUAAAUUAUCAUUGAUAUUAAAGUCCAAGUACACACUA